UUUUCUAUUGCUUGUACAUGCCAUAGUUUCUGUUGGUUGGUUGCGCGUUUUUUUACACAAAUCGCACCAUCUUUUUUUUCAUUAUCCUCUUCUUCUACACAUUCUUUGCUUUUUAAUUCCUUGCUAAAUUUUUUAUUUGUUAUUUCCUUUCCUCUCUUCUUUCUCCUUUCCCCCUCCUUAUUCACAUACAACUAUUCAUAUGCAAUCAAAAUUUGUAUAUAUCAGUCCAGACAGUUUUCUAAGCUUUUUCUUUUCUCACACCUUUUUUGCCUUUUUUGCUGGUUGUCAAUUAAUGUCUCUCAUUUUUGAUAGACAUUUUAAAUAGUUUUUUCUUUUUGUUUCUUUAUGUGGCAAUAUUUUAAAUAUUAACUAAAUAAUUACUUUUUAUUUUUUUUCUUCAGAGAAGUUCAACCCUUUUAUUGCUUGCUGCAACAAAUAUAUUUUCUUUAAUAUUUUCUUAAAAACAAUUUUAAUUACUAAAACUUUUUAAUUACUAUUAUGAUGAAAACGGCACCACAAUCGUCAAUCGCUUCUGCUGCUUCUCAACCAAAAAUUGAGAAAAAGCUUAUGGAUGAGAAGAUUUCAAAAGUUCGAGAAGUUGUUAAAAAUGUGAGCACUAAUGACAUUGUGUUGGCUUUACACAAUUUUGAAUUGGACGUUGAAAAGACAAUUCAUGCAUUUUGUGAAGGCGGUUCGCAAAUCGCUCUCGGCGAUUGGGAGAAGACUGGGACCACUAAAAAGCGAAACAACAAAAAGAAGUCCAAGGCGGCAAAGGGCGGUGGAGGGAGUAACAAUGGGGAGAUGACCAAAGAAGUACGACUUGGGACAAGUUCUGUUUCAAGUUUACCUUCUCCCGCAAACUCUACUGGGUUUGCCACGCCUGUUUUGCAUCAAUCACAACAAAUUUUGCUCAAUGACGAGAAUAAUGAGCUUGUGGAAAACGGCCAACAACGACAUACAAUUCCACCUUCGUCCGUUGCCAUAGCUAAAAGUCCCAUUCAAAAUUUUGUUCCUCAACGUGAUAUGACUUCUUUCAUGCCGGAUGCUCAACAAUUUCAACCUAAGAAGUUGGCUUCUGAGAAUUUAGAAGCUAAUAAUGCUACAAUUCCUUUGACGGGCAGUACAUAUUCAAAUUAUUUGGACGAAAAUCGAACUCUUUUUGAAAACGAAGUUACUUAUGCUCGCGAGAAUAUUCAGCGGUGUUUAACGCAAAUUCGCGACGCAAUUUCUCUACGAGAGCAGGAAUUGAUGUCGGAACUUUCUCAAUGCCAUCGUGAUGGACUUGCAUAUUUUGCUUCAAGAACCGAAGACAUUAAACAAAUUGCCAAAAUUAAAAACGUAAAAAUCGCCGCAGACCUUGAAAAACGUAAUUCAGCAGCCAAAACUGUUGACUUGGAAACAGCGUUGACAACACGCUUUUUAUGCGAUACUAAUGCAUUUACAUCACUGAUUGAGUCGAUGAAUCAGUUUGGAAGUGUAAUUCCUGUGAAGGUGACCGAAAACAUCAUUGACAAUAACAAAAAAUUAGAGGAACAGCGAAAAGAAAUUAAUGACAACAGAAAUGUUAAUUCUAUUGCAGCUUCUGUGCGCCAAGCUGUGCGACGCUCAAACAGUCCUUCGAGUUUAGUUAGCUCUGUAGAUUCUGGUUUGGGAGGACAAAUUAGUCCUGUUAACCAAGAGAAGGGACUUAUUGCUCAAGUAGAGGAGAAUGGAAUUGUGCUCAAAUCUGAUUCCAUCGCUCCUGACCAACUCGCUGAGAUUCAACGCAACAUUUUCGAGUCGUUAAAGGCUAAGGGCAUUGACCCAGCUUUGCUCGCUGAUAUUAAUUCAAAUGGAAUUGUGGCUCCAAGACGUCGACAACAACUCACUCCUGGAAAUUCGACUGAUGGUGGGAAUGCUGUUAACGGGAAUGCCCCCAAACAACGUGGUAAUGUUGGAAAUACUUCAAACACUUCCAAGAAGCAGCAAACAAAGGCGGGGACUUCUAAACAGACUUGA